AUGUUGGCGUCUCCUCAAGCAAAGGGUUUUUAUCUUCUCGUGUUGUCCAUUAUCAUAAUAAUUUAUCUCAGAAUUAAGAUAUACAAAGUCAUAAUGUUCAUUAAACCUAAGUAUCAACAUGAACAUGAACACGAGGAUAACGCACCCAGAAGGAGGGCCAUUCCAGACGGUGCUGCUGCGAGGCGACCCAUACCCAGCGGUCGUGUCUCUCUGAUGUGA